UUUCUGUUUUUAGGGCCGUUCUAAAAGCUUCGAGCGCACUACCUCCUCCUCCUCCUCCUCCUCCAUUUCUAACCUCUUCGCCGCAGAUGGGGAAGGGGACCGAUCUGUGGGACGAUUCCGCCCUAGUUGACGCUUUCGAUCACGCCAUGGCCACCUACAAGGAAAUGCAUAGUCGGAGCAACCGGAGUAGUUCUUUUGAGGAAGAAAAGAAGACGGACCACCAUAACGAAAGCUCCGAGAUAAUAGCAGAACAUAUAGAGCCGGAUGAUAACAACAAUUACGUAUCAAACAAUGCAACAGAGAUUUCUUUGCCCGGUUACGAAGAUGGAACAACUACCGAAGAACUUCCUAUUCAAGAAACUAUUAUUCAUGAUGACUUACAACCCACAGAGUCUCAUACAUAUUCCUCGGGAUUUGUUACUUAUGAAAAAGUUGAUAACUAUAAUCAACAAAAUGUGGAGUAUAAUGAGCUUCUUAGACAGUAUUAUGAACUUGAGGAGAAAAGGCAAAAGGUUCUCCAGCAUCUUCAGCAGACAAAUUACUGGAACUACCAGACCCAAGUUCAAUCAUCUGCAAGCGAAGCACAGCAACUUCCCAUGUAUAAUUCUGCUGAGUACGGAUUACAACUUCCGUGUGCCUCUUCUGCAUGCUACUAUUUGUCGGCCCCAGUUAUUCCAAUAUCUUGUUGUGGCAUGAAUUGCUCAUUAUCUGGAAGCUGUGGCAAUCUAUCAGGAAGUGCAAUUCCUUCAUCUUAUGCUCAGAAGUUUCCAGGUGCUCAGUUCUGUGCUCAAGACGGUAUAUUUCCUACUGGUACAUCAUGCAAAUUGGAUUCGCCAAAGCAAUCUACUGAUGGAGAUGACACACUUUUUAAAGCUGGGUUGAUGGCUGCUGAAAGUGCAGUGAAUUCGGUGAAAACUAAAAUAUCUGCACUACCUAUUUCAUUUGAAGGAAAGAAUGGAAAGGAGAAAGAAGAAAGCACCAGCAAACAUGAAUCCAUGGGUUCACAAGGCAUAAACUCGGAAACUGAUCUUUCUGUUGUUUUAAAUGCUUGGUAUUCAGCGGGAUUCCAUACUGGCAGGUACCUGCUGGAGCAGUCAUGGAAAGCUUCUCACAAAUAGUCCAGCUCACAUAUCUGAUUUGUAGUUAUGGAAAUUUCAAAUAGCAAUGCUGAUAAUAGUUCAAUGAAUCCUAGCCGUUUGUAUUUCAAAAGAUAACAUGUUAGAGACUUGAAGGUUAUGUAGGAAUUUCACAUGUAGUGAUUUUGGUUGCUGUUACCUUGAGAUCAGUUUGAUGAUCCAACUUGCCGUGUAAUUUUGUUCUAUCUCAGCGCGCUACACCUUUAAUAGGCUGCUGCUAUUUAGUCUAUUUAUUUUAGCCAUUCAUUGUUUUGGCUUGCCUUGUA